GCAUUAAAAGCCCAUUAACUAAACUCUCAACCCGAAUAGCAAUUAAAAAAAAAUCUGUUAGAUGAAACUUGAAAGUGGGUAGGGUUUAUGCUUCCUUAAGUUCUCUCCCAAAGCUUUAGAAAACCCGCCGUCGCUUGAAGCAAUUCUUCCCUCUCUUCCAUCUCUCACAGACACCCAAACUUGCGCAACAAUGGCGAAACAAUUGACCCAAAAGGAAGCCGACAUUCAGAUGAUGUUGGCUGCUGAUGUUCAUCUUGGCACCAAAAAUUGCGAUUUUCAGAUGGAACGUUAUGUGUUUAAACGCCGUUCUGAUGGGAUUCACAUCAUAAACCUCGCUAAGACAUGGGAAAAGCUUCAAAUGGCUGCUAGAGUUAUUGUAGCAAUCGAGAAUCCUCAAGAUAUCAUUGUUCAAUCUGCUAGACCAUAUGGUCAGAGGGCUGUUCUUAAGUUUGCUCAAUACACUGGGGCCCAUGCUAUUGCCGGAAGGCACACUCCGGGUACCUUCACUAACCAGCUUCAAACCUCGUUCAGUGAGCCUCGUCUUUUGAUUCUUACUGACCCUAGGACGGAUCAUCAGCCUAUUAAGGAAGCGUCCCUUGGAAACAUCCCGACAAUUGCUUUCUGUGAUACGGAUUCUCCAAUGGGAUACGUAGACAUUGGUAUUCCCGCGAACAACAAAGGAAAGAACAGUAUUGGUUGCUUGUUCUGGUUGUUGGCUCGUAUGGUAUUGCAGAUGCGUGGAACCCUUCGCCCUGGACAAAAGUGGGAUGUCAUGGUUGAUCUAUUCUUCUACAGGGAACCUGAGGAGAAUAAGGAACAGGAAGAGGAAGAAGCUGCACCUGUGGCAGAUUAUGUAGCUGAUUAUGCAGGCGGGGCUAUUACCGAUCCCAACUGGGUAUCUACCGAUGCCAAUUGGGGACCUGUCCCUGAUGUGGCUGGAGUUCAACCUGUGGCUCCAGAUUGGAACGAAGCCCCAGUUGCUGCUGAUGGAUGGGACGAGCCUGUCGCACAACCAAUAGCUGAAGUUCCUAUUGUUUCUUCCGGUGUACCACCCGCCGUUGGAUGGGAGUAAGGUUUUUCCAUUCGAGUUUUUUGAAAUUUUGGUUACAGAUAGAUACUAUCGGGAAAGCCAGACAAUUGGGUUUUAGUUUUCACUUGAAUGUAGAUGUUUGUUUUCCCGUCUCUUCUAUUUUGCGACAUAUCAAAUUAUCAAUGGGUUUUAUAAUUUCGAAGAGAUAUGAUUGUUAACGGCCUAAUAGUAAUUAUCAUCAAUCACUUUUCAUUGCUGU